AUGUACUCACCGCUACACAAAAUCUCUCUAAUUACAUUUGACACGUGCCCACGUAAAAUCUUCCCAUUUACAAGUGUUACCGGUGAGCAUUUGAAACUGUUAGAACCACUGGAAGCAAAAGGCGUUGAAACAGCCUUGUACGAUGCAAUUAUUUAUAGUUUAAAACAGUUUCCUCAGGACUCUGCCUUACGUUCUCUUACGAUCUUGACGGACGGUGGUGAUACACUGAGUAAUCCGACGAACAGGACAACUGUGACACAGAUGAACGAAGAUUUUAUUAUUAAGAAGACACGUGAAUUGACAAUCAAAGGUUGUUUCCUGCACAUCGGCGACCGACAAGUAGAAAAUACAAAGCGACUGUCCGAACGUCUGAAACAUUACGAUUUUUAUCAGUUUAAUCAAGGAAAUCAGCGAGAAUUUACACAGACAUAUUUCCAGACCAUCGCGGCCGCUCCCACUUCAACUACCGCCGAGAAUGAACUAGACGAACUACGAAUGAGACACAUUAUUUCACAGUCACCAGAUCCACCGCAGAGACAAAUACCGACAGAAGAACGAUGGCAGAGACAGAUGGAAUUUGCCUCUUAG